AUGAAGGAUAAUAUACCCACGGGUUCAAUAAUUAUCCCGUUAAAUCAUCACCCACAACAACAACAGAUUCCGCAACAACAAGAACAACAACAACAACAACAACAACAACAACAACAACAACAACAACAACAACAACAACAACAACAACAACAACAACAACAACAACAACAACAACAACAACAACAACAAGAACAACAAAAUAAUAACAAUAAUAUCAAUGACAAUAUCAAUGGCAAUAAUAAUAGUAAUGAAAUUAAAAAUACAAAGGAUGCAAAUAUUACAAAUAAUAAUGGGACCAGUAUAAUUAUUUCACUAUCACCACCACCGUCACCUGCAUUAAAUAGCAGUUCGAGUAGUACUAUUAAUAGCAAUAACACAACAAUAAGUGGAGGUGAUAAUGAAAAUAAUAACAAUAAUACUAAUAAUACCAAUAACAAUAUUAAUAAUAGUAAUAAUAGUAAUAAUAAUAAUAGUAAUAAUAAUAGUAAUAAUAAUAAUAAUAAUAAUAAUAAUAAUAAUAAUAAUAAUAAUAAUAAUAAUAAUAAUAAUAAUAAUAAUAAUAAUAAUAAUAAUAAUAACAAUAAUAAUACAAAUGAAGAAGGCAAUAAAACCAAUAUCAAUACCACAAAUAAUAAUAGCCAAAAUAUUAAUAUUAAUAAUGGCAUUAACAAAAAUACUCGAAAUAAUAAUAACAAUAAUAAUAAUAAUAAUAAACAAAUGACACCACCGACAUUUAAAAAUAAUUUACAAGUUAAACAUCAACCUCAAAGUAGUAGUGGUGGUAGCAUUGGUGGGAGUAAUAAACUUAGUUUAUCAAAGAGGGUAAAAUCAACAACUAGUAGCAGAGCAUCAAUUAUUGAUAGUAUCGAUAUUGAUAUUGUUUUCAAUUCAUUAAAAAAUUCAAUUACAUCAAAAAACUCUUUUGUUUUAGGAGUUCACAGACAUCGUAUGAGUAGUAUUAGUAGUAUAAGUAAUACUACCAAUGAAACUACUACCACAACAACCACAACAACAAACACAACUAUAGAGGAUCAUCAAAUUGGUAGCAUUGGUAAUAAUAAUAAUAAUAAUAAUAAUAAUAACAACAAUAAUAAUAAUUAUUUUAAUGUGAAUAAUGGUAAUAGUAAUAAUAUUAAUAAUUAUAAUAAUAGUGGAAAUGGUAAUAAUAAUAAUAAUAAUAAUAAUAAUAAUAAUAAUAAUAAUAAUAAUAAUAAUAAUAAUAAUAAUAAUAAUAAUAAUAAUAAUAAUAAUAAUAAUCAUUUUAAUAGUUAUAGUAAUAACAAUAACAAUAGUAAUAGUAAUAACAAUAGUAAUAAUAAUUUACAUGGUCUCAAUAAUAAUAAUAAUGGCGUUAUGGAGAGUAGCGAUUUUAAUAGUGAUACAGUUGGUAGAGGAAGUAUAUUUACAGUUUCAAAUAGUGACGUAAAUAGUGAUAGCAAUGUUGGAUUAAAUCAACCUUCAUUCAAUGACCUCACCAUAACAUGUGAUACUCUAACUGAAACUGAUGAAGAGGAUCUAAUGGAGAAGUUUUUAGAAGAUUCAGAUCCAGAUAUUGAUGAAGAAGAUGAUGACGAUGAUUUCAAUGAAGAAGAGUUUAUGAAAUUUCAAACUCAAUUCCUUCAUAAUAAAUCUCAAAAUUCUUCUUUAAAUAUUAAUAAUAAUAAUAAUAGUAGCAAUAAUAAUAAUAUUAAUAAUAAUAAUAAUAAUAAUAAUAUAAUGGCUGGCUCGACUUCUUCAGUAAUAUAUAAAAAUAGUGGUAAACCACCAUUGAAUGAAAAUAAUAAUAAUAAUAUUAAUAAUGAUAAUACAGUUUGUAAUAUUAAUAAUAAUAAUAAUAGUAAUAAUAAUAAAAGUAAUAACAGUAAUAAUAGUAAUAAUAGUUUUAAAGAUGAUAUUAGUAGUGACGAAGAACCUGAAACUGAUAGUGAUACAGAAUUUAAGAAUAAUCACCACACCAAUUAUCAUAACUCCCCUAAAAAUCAAAAACAUGUAGAUAGAAAACCAUUUGUAAAUAGUAAAAAUAAUACCAACACCAACACCAACACCCACAACACAUACAACAACAAUAAAAACAACAACAACAACAACACUUUCGAACAACAAAGUAAUGAAGAUGAGGAAUCAUACAGUGGAAGUUACAAGUCUAGUCAAAAUUCUGUUAUAUAUAAACCAAACUUAGUAUCAUCACCAAACUUUAAAUCAUCAUUAUCAUCUUCAUCUUUAAUUUCAGUGGGUACAAACUCACUUAAAAAUUCACCAUUUCCACCAUCAAGUCCAAUCUUAUCACCUCAAACAGAUGAUCCUAAUAAUAAUAAUAAUAAUAAUAACAGCAAUACAACCAUUUCACAACCUCUACCAAUUGCACUUAAUGUAUCUAUUGAGUCGCCUCGUGCUUUUUAUAAUUCAGGUAGUAAUAAUAAUAAUAAUAAUAAUAAUAAUAAUAAUAAUAAUAAUAAUAAUAACAACAACAACACCAAUAGCACUUCCGCUACAACACCAAUUAUACAAGCACAAACACACCCAACUACUCAAAUACCAACUAGUGAUAUAGAUACAUCGAAUAGUGACAAUAAUAAUAAUAAUAAUAAUAAUAAUACAAGUGAUAAUAAUUUUAAUGACUAUAAUAAUGAUUAUAAUAAUGAUUAUAAUAAUUAUGAAACCGAAUUUUUACCACCUAAAAAAACACCACCACCACCAAUACCAACUAAAAUGUCAUCAACACCACCCUCCAGUACAUCAUCAUUUUUAUCCACAUCAUCAGUGACAUCAGUCAACUCCAAUAAUUCUGUCACAUCUUCAACAUCAACCAAUACAUCGAAUAGUAGUUCACCUAAACAUUCCUCUUCUCAGAAAUCAAAAUCUGUUUUCUCAAAGAUUAUUAAAGAAGGAAAAAAAAGGUUAGCUACCAAAUUUAACUCACAUCAUCAUCAUAAUAGUGGUAAUAAUAGUAGUAAUAGUAAUAAUAACAAUAAUGAUGAUGAAGUACCAACAUAUAUCCAUAUUUACAGAGGCAAUGGAGAUGAAAGUUGGAGAGUAAAGGUAACAAGUUCAACGACUGUUAGAGAUUUAUUAUCAAUGUCAUUGACAUCCACUGUAAAAGGUGAACCACCAUCAUUGAAAUUAUAUUUAACAAGUUCAUUGAAUUCUUGUACCUGUGUAUCAAGUCCAAAUAAUCUUUCAUCGGCACCUGCCGUUUCAUCAUCAUCAUCAUCUUCGACAACACUAGAAACUACAACUAUAAUUACAUCUGCAUCACCAUCAUCUUCUUCAUCAUCUUUUACAUCUCCCACUACCACAAAUUCACUUAAUUCUCAUUUAAAUCACUCGAAUAAUAUUAAUAAUAAUAAUAAUAAUAAUACAAAUAAUAAUAAUAAUAAUAAUAAUAAUAAUAAUAAUAAUAAUAAUAAUAACAAUACUGACCGAACCAAUAGUAAUUGUACUUGUAAUGUAAAUAAACCCGAAAAAGAAUUAAAUGAAGAUGAUAAAGUUUUAAGCGUUCAGAAAAAGUGGAGUGGCCCUUCAAUUUUUGUUUUAAAAAAUAAUUGUACAAAGUCAUCAUCAUCAUCAACAUCAUCAUCAUCAUCGUCAAAUAAUACUAAUAAUAAUAAUAACAAUAAUAAUACUAUUAACAAUAAUAGUAAUAACACCGGAACAAGAUACUCAGUGAGUUCAAUUACCUCUGAGUCAUCCGAACAAAGUAGUAAUUCACAUAAUUCAUUAAAUAAUAACAAUCAUAAUAAUAAUAAUAAUAAUCAUAGUCAUAAUCAUAAUAAUAGUAAUAAUAAUAAUCAUCAUCAUCAUCACCACCAUCAUCAUAAUAAUAAUAAUAAUCAAAAUGGUCAACAAGAGGGCGUAGCGGAUUCAUCAUCUAGCUCACCUUGGUCAUCACCUGCUUUAUCAUCACCGUCAAAACAACAUUCACUUCAAUAUUUUGAAAAUAUACCUACUCUUGCAUUGGAUUCGACUAAUAACAACAAUAACAAUAAUAAUGAUACAGAUUCAACAUCAUCAAAUAUGGGUACACCAACUACAAGUAGAAGAAUUACAACAAUAUUUCAAAAACAACAUAGUAGAAAUAAUAGUAGCAACAAUCAAAAUAACAACAACAUUAAUAAUAAUAAUAAUAAUAAUAAUAAUAAUAAUAAUAAUAAUAAUAAUGAACAUUUAACACCAUUAUCAAAUUCUACAUCACUAUCUAGUGCAUCAUCAAUAUCAUUUUUAAAUUCUAGUAAUGGUAAUAAUAGUCCUAAUAGUAAUAAUAGUAAUAGUAAUAAUAACAAUAAUAACAAUAAUAAUAAUAAUAAUAAUAAUAAUAAUAAAAAAACUACAACUACGACAACAACAACAACAAUGAAUAGUAAUGGUGAAUGUUGGAAAAAUGCAGAAAGACCAAGAACUGGAGUUAGAUGGAUUAGUAGUACAGAUUUAUUUUUAAUAAAAAAGAUUGGAGCAGGAUCAUUUUCAAAAGUUUACAAAGCUAAAUAUAUGGGUGAAAUAGUUGCGAUCAAAGUAUUAAAGGGUGAAGCAACCUCUGAACAAAUUGAACUCUUUAAGAAGGAAUAUGAUAUACUAAGUUUAGUAUCAUCACAAAAUCUAAUUAAAUUCUAUGGAGCAUGUAAAGAGAAAAAGUUGAGAAUGGUAACAGAGUAUUGUCAACAUGGAAGUCUCUAUCAUAUAAUGUCAAAGAGAAAGAUGGACAUAUCAUGGCCAUUGGUAUUCAAAUGGAUGCAUCAAGCUGUCGAUGGUAUCAACUCAUUACAUACGAUGAGACCAGCAUUGGUCCAUCGUGAUAUCAAAUCUCAGAAUCUAUUGAUAAACUCUCAAUUCGAUUUAAAGGUUGCCGAUUUUGGUCUAGCGAAACCAACAGAACUACAAACUGGUUCCAAUUCAACCAUUAAGGGUACAAUGGCUUAUUGUGCACCCGAACUUUACAAUGGAAUUUCAUAUAGUGAAAAAGCCGAUGUCUAUUCACUUGGUAUCGUACUUUGGGAGAUUACCACUCGUGUCAUCACUGGAAAGUAUCAAAGACCCUACGAAGAUAACACUGAGAUUAGCUUUGACUUUCAAAUUGUAAUCAUGUCCUCAAAACAAGGUAUACGUCCAACUAUGCCCCCAAAUGUUCCUCCAAAAUUAUCCUAUCUAAUUCAAAAAUGUUGGAAUCAAGAUCCAAACGAAAGACCAUCUUGUCAACAAAUACUUUUAGCCAUAACUUCCCUAUAUGAUGAUUAUAUUUAUAAUCCUUCAAGAUAUAAUGAUUUAAUUUUAAAUAAUGAUUUAAAUAAUUAA